AUGGCGGCCACCAAUAAACAACACAACGUCUACUCUCUUGCCUAUCACGGCUUUGAGAACAACGUGGGCGACGCAGACUUUGAGUUUGCACAGAUUGAAAAUAUCCCGACGACUACCUUUGGGGCGUCGGCUACCAGUCUUAAGCCAGGAAAAUGGCUAUCCAUGGAAGAAAUUCGCUCAUGGGCAUCUGGCAAGACAAUGAACAUAACCAAAGGCAACGAUCACAGCAGACUCUAUAAGACUAUCGUCAAUCCAUACGAGAUCCGUGUGCUUGAAAUUAAGCCGGGGCGCAAUAUUGAAAAGCUGCGUGGGUCUCUGCAUCAUUGCUCAGUUGAGUUUGAGUACGAGACCGCUGUGGACCAGUUUGGACUUCACAGGACAACAUACACAACGCAUGCGCUUUCUCUGAAGAAUCCAACAAGCCCGAUUUGGUAUACAGCACUAAGCUAUACGUGGGGCUCAUCUAGUAUGGAUGGAAGUAUUGAAUGUGAUGGACAUGAGAAAGCUAUCACAACUUCUCUCGAGAUCGCACUGCGAAACAUGCGGAAGGAAUAUCAUCCCAUAGUCAUGUGGAUUGACCAGAUUUGUAUAAAUCAAGAAGAUGAUAAAGAAAAAGAAACGCAGAUUCCCUUGAUGGCAAGAAUUUAUCAGCAUGCAUUUAACACGGUGAUCUGGCUAGGGCAAUGCGAGCCUACUUCCGGCUCUGCAAUACAGCUACUCAAAGAUAUCAAUGUCACAUUACUGUUCAAUCAAUCAAAUGUUGAUUCCGAGGAUUUUGAGAGAAUGCAACUACCAAGCUCCGACUCGAAGACCUGGCAUGCUCUUUGGAGACUUCUAUCGCACCCAUGGUUUACGCGGCUCUGGAUCAUUCAAGAGGUCAUGCUCUCUAAUAACCCGUGGAUCAUGUGUGGUGGCGAGCUACUUAUGUGGGACGAAUUCUCAAAAGCUGUGAAUCACCUGUCGACGUGUGGAAUAUUUCAAUGGCUACAGAUUAAGUUUGCUAACGUCGAGGACUCAAGUGAACUUGGUGAUAUCAGUCAAACUGUACUAGGGCUGACUCGCCAACGAGAACAUUAUCGCAGCGCUAGUGAUGGGACACACAUCUUUGAGAAUCUUGUAAGCACGCGAGGUAGCCAAUGUUUUGAUCCACGAGAUAAAAUCUAUGGGCUUCUUGGGGUAUGCAGUGAUGCAGACAAGUUUCACGUCAGGUACACGAAUUUUACAGAAAACCAACUCUACCACGACGUAGCUAUUAACGCUUUGACCAAAAACAUACAAAUUCUAACUCCAAGCCUUGUUUUUAAAUCCAUAGACCACGAGUCUCUUGAUCUACCCUCUUGGGUGCCUGACUGGAGAGAGCGCCGACAAACGAAUGAGCUUGGGACUUACAAUGCCAGCGGAUCUUUCAAGUUUAAAUUGAAUAAGAUAUAUGUUAAAAUCAACGAUGAAUCUAGGAAUGAGCUUCGAAUACAGGGGAUCCCAUUUGACUCUGUAACAAGAACCAGCGCAACGAUCACAAAUCCCGAUCUUACUUACCUCAAUCCACAAAACGAUAACCAAAGUCUCUUGAAACUCUGGACUUUUGUCUCAAAACUGAAGCAUUACCCGACUUCUCAUACAAUCUUUUAUGCUUUUUGGCAAACCCUCGUAGGAAGUAAAACCGACUCCGGAAGGUUACCAUGCCCUGAUUCUUUUGCUGAAAUUAUCAGUCUCCUCCUCGAUGCAUCCACGGGCCAGUCUCCAUCGCUACCAGGCCAAACGUAUUCACCGCGACAACAAAAGCCCAUUGGAAAAGGCAGGCUCGAAUUAGCUAAUCUCGCACAAAGAGUGCCAGGGCAAACAUUUCAAGAGGUGCGCGAGGCCAUGAAAUAUGUGCUCAAGAAUCGCAGGUGGGGAACCACGAGAAAUGGGUUUUUUGGAUUGUUCCCUCGUUACGUGGAAGAGGGUGAUAUAGUGUAUGUGAUGGAUGGUUGCAAUGUCCCGUAUUUGCUAAGAGAGGUCGAUGGGGAGGGUAGGUUUCGGUUGGUGGGUGAAUGCUAUGUUUUUGGGAUAAUGGAUGGGGAGGCUGUUGGAAGAGAGGGAUUUGCGUUUGAGGAAAUUAUUUUAGUUUAG